AUGAUGCAUGAGCCUAUUAGCAUCCCAACAUGUUUUUCAUCAUCCCCUAUUGAGCAUGAUCUUUCACCUGCACGGGUGUGCGCGACACCGUCAACCUUGGCCACCACCAACACCAACACCAACACGGGCAUAAUACGAUCAGCCUCGGGGUCACCCCAGAGUCUGAUCAUGUCCGUGUAUAGGACUAAGAUUGCUAGCCAACCGCGAUUGGUCACCAUUACAUGGUGCAAGAAUCUCCUCCUACACGGCCUCUCCGUGUCCGUGGACGGGCCUCAAGGUCAUGACCAUUAUCAUAGCAAGGUUGAGCUUAAGCCUUGGUACUUUUGGAGGAAACAAGGGUGCAAACAAUUUGUGGUAGAUGGUAAAAUCAUAGGUAUUGUUUGGGAUCUUAAGGCUGCCAAGUUCAAUGGUGAGGUUGAGCCUCAAUCGGACUACUACGUCGCGAUAGUGUCCGAGGAGGAGGUGGUUCUAGUCGUCGGAGACAUGAAGAAGGACGCGUUCCGAAGAACCGGGUGUAGGCCAGCUCUUAUUGAUCCUCUAUUAGUCUCUAGGAAAGAGCACAUUUUUGGUAAGAAAAGGUUUUCAACUAAGGUUAAAUUUCAUGAAAGAGGCAAAUGUCAUGAAAUUUCUGUUGAGUGUAACAAUAAUAUUAAGGGUGAUUUAGAAGGGAUUAGUAGUCAUGAAAUGGAUAUUAAAAUUGAUGGGAAGUUAGCUACUCAAGUUAAACAUCUACAAUGGAAGUUUAGAGGGAAUGAAUCGAUUGAUGUUAAGGAGGCUAAACUAGAAGUGUAUUGGGAUGUUCAUGAUUGGAUUUUCGGGUCCGGUCCUAGACAUGCUAUGUUCUUGUUCAAGUCAUCGGCAACACCACCAUCGUCGUCGUUGUCGUCGUUAUCAUUUCAUGCAGAUGAUCCUGCGUGUAGGGAGGAUGAUUGGAGUAGUAAUGGAUCACCAGAGUUUAAAUUGUUUCUUUAUGCUUGGAAAGUUGAAUGA